GGGGGGACUGCCUUGGGCACAGCAGGGGGACUGCGUGAGUUGAGUACUUCUCGGCCAUCAACAUCGCUCGGUGUAGACUAUUUCUGUCAACAAUGCUCAAUUCUCGAGCUAGAACGGAAUAUAAAUAGCGUGAAGGCGCAGUAUGCCUUCUUUUGAUGCCCUCCUUGGCUCCUCCUGUUGAUCUUACCCCUCGGCUUGUGUCAUUCCCUCGUCUCUAUUGGCUCCCGACCUAUUUGAAGCACUUUAAGGCACGACAGCAGUCAUUGGUACUCCAUAAUUGGCACGUCCAAGCGACCAUCAAAUUCCAAUCUGCUCCGUGAGAAACAACACCAACAAGUGCUCUGCGUAUAGGCAAAGAGGGGUUGGACGCCUACUCCAGCUCGGUUUUUUUUUUUUUCCUACCACAAGGCAGUCAUGACGUCGUCACCUCCGCGUGCGAGAACCUCUCCGGGUAGAGUCAUGAGUCCGACGCACCAAAUGUUCACGGACAUCAAAUCAUCUGUCGGUGAACAAGUAGACUCGCGCAAAGCUACAGCUCCGUACACAGUCUUUGGAAGCGGCACCCGUCCACGUACGCACAAUGGGUCCAAGUCUCCAGGUCCAGGGGCGUAUCAGAUCCCUUCGUCCAUUGGCAAACCGGUGCUAUCCACGAUGGCCCAGGCUCCAUCGUGCUCCAUCAGUGGACGUGAAAAGUUUGGCUCUACUGCUGAUCUCAAGACCUCCGCUAAAUUCCCAGGACCUGGUGACUACAGCACACACAUCGUGAAUCCUCGAGAGCGAGCAGCCCCCAGUUAUUCUCUGGGUAAGAAAUGGUCUCCAAUGGCAGGUGACAAGAAGUUCCCGGGUCCAGGUGCCUACGAGUCGAGUCCGACCAUCGGACGUACAGUUCUUUCGACGCAGAAGUCCAAUCCCGUGUCUUCAUUCCCCAAGGUAGAGAGAAAGCCACUGCAUACUUCGAGCACGGCAGACGUUGGGCCUGGUCAAUACGGCGUCGUCGUUGAGGCGGUGGGUCGUCAGGCAAUCUCGACAGUCUCGUCAGCUGCAUCAUUCUCCUUCGGUACUGAGGCGCGUGGUAGGAACGGCCGGUCCGCUGCCGACAGGAUCGGAUCCAAGUAUUACGACCCCAGGAGCUCGGUUGGCACACAGGUCGAGUCCACAUACCGCACGGCUCCCAAGUGCUCCAUGUCUGGACGUACCAAAUUCGGUAGCCACUUCUAAACUCAUCAUUAAGACAGAAAUGUCUAGAUAAGAAGGCAGACACUCGAAUUAAUCUAGACGCGAUGCUAUUUCUCCAUC